UGGUGCUGAUGACAACCAGGGACCUGACGUUAAGGAUGAGUGCAACCAAACCCAAAUCCGUCUUCCUGAUGGGCACAGAGUAAAGCCAGUCACUGGGACAUCAGGUCCAGGACUCUGCUUUGCUCUUCAUUCAAGGAAGUUAUAAGCUCCUGCUCCCAAGUUCAGCUUUACAGCCUUCAUCAGGCUAAAACAGGCAUAUUAUAACUGAUGAGUUGACCAUGGACUCCUAAAAGUCUUGAUCAAAAACAUGCACGGAUGCAAGUUAAGCAAACCUACUCUAGCCUACUAGAGAAGGAGAACCAUGGAGUUGCCCACACCUGCCUACAGAUGCUUGACCUUUUAGGUGUCCCCAUUGCAUAUGACAACAUCAAAGUAGUGGGUGAACUGGGAGAUAUUUAUGAUGAUCAAGGACACAUUCAUCUUAACAUAGAAGCAGAUUUUGUUAUUUUCUGUCCUGAACCGGGACAAAAGCUUAUGGGUACGGUUAAUAAAGUGUCCUCCAGCCACAUUGGCUGUUUAGUACAUGGGUGUUUCAAUGCCUCCAUCCCUAAACCUGAGCAUAUGCCUGCUGAACAGUGGCAGAACCUGGAGAUAAACGUGGGUGAUGAACUAGAAUUUGAAGUAUUUCGUUUAGACUCAGAUGCUGCUGGAGUAUUCUGCAUUCGGGGAAAAUUAAAUAUCACUAGUUUACAGACCAAGUGCUCUGGAGUUUCUGAAGAAAUAACAGAAACUGGCCCUGAAGAAAUUACUGAAAAACCUCUCAAGAAGAAAAAGAAAAAAAAGAAAGACCCAGAGUCAUAUGAAGUGGAAAGUGGUAAUAGAGAGCUAGCAGAUUAUGCAGAUGCCACAAUAAACAAAGAGACAGACCUGCAGAUUGAUAAUGACCUCUGGAAGGAUGCACCAAAGAAGAAGAAGAAGAAAAAGCACCAGGAAGAUCAGGACCAGGAUCCUGUUUUCCAAGGCAGUGACUCCAGCGGUUACCAGAGUGACCAUAAAAAGAAAAAAAAGAAAAGAAAACACAGUGAGGAAGCUGAAUUUACCCCACUUUUGGAACACUCACCUAAAAAGAAAAGAGAAAAGUAAUUUUCUUUAAUGCAUUUUAAAUAUUCAGCUUUUUAAAGAUUUAGAUAAAAGAUGGAUUAAAUGUGGGAAUAGUAUGAAAUGCUGGUAUAUUCCUGUAGUCUACAAAACAGGAAACAUUUGAUUAGGAGUUUUUGGUGCUUAAAUUAUUAAUGUGAUCAUUACUAUGGGAAACACCAAUAUUAUUAAACAGCCAUUUUAUUGUAUACAAAAUAAAAAGGUAAGAGUUAUUCUUUCAAAUCUUAACAUUUUCCCAGUUUUUACAUUUCAAAUAAAAUUAUUUCUAUACUCUGAAGACUGGCAAAA